AUGCUCAAUCAAAGAAAAGGUCAAAUUACAUCCAACUUUAAUACAGUUAUCGAAGCAACAAGAGCACAACAUCAGCACACAAUUGAAACACUCGCAUACGAAAGAAGAAUGACUGAUAACUUAAGGUCAAUGCUAGAGAAAGAAGUCCCUGAAUGCAAGGAUCUAUUAAGCAAGAUAAUGUCAAUAUAUGGAAAAGCUUUCUUCCAAGAAUAUAAAUAUGUUGAAGCACAAUCGAGAGCUAUUGAAGAUUUGAAUGAUAUCCAAGAAAGAUUUCUUGUGGUUGUUCGUUCGUCUGCACGCUCAAGUGAAGCACAUGCAAAUUUAAAGAGAACUACAGAAGCACUUGAUUUAGCUAAACAGAAACUUGAAAUUGAGAAAUCAAAGAACUCGUCGAAAGUACAAAAGAUGGAAGCAUAUGUUGAAGAGUGCAGGGAACAGAAGAAACAGGCAAUUGAAAAUCUUAAGACUGCAAUUAAGUCUUAUAUAGAAGAAAAGAAGAAAUUUAACGCAUUUCGUGAUCGCAGAAUGAAGCAAAGCUAUUCGACAUACGGAGCUACAACAGUCAGCUUUUCAAAUACACUUUCACAGAUAUAUUCUGACAUGAAGGCCUCAAUUGAGGAUACUAAGCCUCAAGUGACAACCUCCAUUACUCCUUCUCAAUAA